AUGCUUGCUUCAAAAGCGUCGGCAGCCCGCAGCAUUUCGCGCAUAGCGCGCUCGUACGCCACUGCAAUCGACACCGCUGGUCUGAAAGUCGCUGCAGUCGACCCGAGCCAACCUACCGCCGCUGUUACCGUUGUGGUUAAGGCCGGAAGUCGCUAUGAAACGAAGCCUGGUGUGGCUCAUGCGCUGAAAAACUUUGCUUUCAAGAGCACAGCGAAGAGGACGGCCCUCGGGACCAUUCGGGAGAGUGAGUUGUACGGCGGUGUCCUCUCCGCGUCGCACUCGCGCGAGCACCUCGCUUUGACGGCAGAAUUCCUUCGUGGUGACGAGGAAUUCUUCGUCGAUGUCCUCACGUCGUUCAUAACUUCCGGCAAGUUUACCCGUCACGAGUUUGAAGAAUACGUCCAACCUGUCGUUGAGAGUGAAUCCCAUGCCGCCACUUCCGAUCCAAGCACUCAUGCUAUUGAGGUCGCCCAUGCACUUGCCUUCCGUUCCGGCCUUGGAUCAUCCCUAUUUGCUUCACCACAUAGCAGCAUUACUGCCUCCGACAUUAAAUCAUACGCGGCAUCGGCAUUUUCCAAAGGCAAUAUCGCUGUCAUUGGUUCUGGUAUUGAUCAAUCGUCCCUCGCGAAGUUGGUGGAAAAGGCUUUAGCCUCGGCCUCCACUUCUAGCGCCCCGACCACCACCGCUUCUUCGUAUUUCGGCGGGGAGACACGUUUGGAAGCCCACUCGGGCGCGCAAACGGUGUUCGUUGGGUUUGGCGCCGCAGGUGCUCCUACCCCAGAGCUUGCUACUCUUGCUGCACACCUCUCGACGCAGAGCUCCGUUAAAUGGUCAAAAGGACUCUCGCCUAUCGCAGCAUCAAUCCCUCACGGCUCGAGUGUACAAUCGGUAUACCUUCCUUACUCUGACGCCACUCUCUUUGGCUACCUCAUUCAGAGUUCUACCCCUUCGGGCGUUACGGAAGCUGGGAAGAUCGCCAUUAAAGCCUUGAAGGAUGCUACCAGCGCUGGUGGCCUCAAGGCUGAUGAUAUCAAGAGAGCAGUUGCGAAGGCAAAGUUCGCCGCUGCCAGCGCUGUCGACAGUAGAGAAGGUUUGGCCGCUUUAGUGGGCUCUAAGAUCUUGAGUGGCUCAGAGGCUUCUCUCGACGCCACUUUCGCAUCUUUGGAUAAGGUCAACGGGGCCGGAGUAUCAAAGUUGGCCUCGUCAUUGAUUGCAUCCAAGCCAACAUAUGUUGCUAUCGGUGAUGUCCGCGCUUUGCCAUACGCUGACGAAUUAGGGCUUUAA